AUGUAUCAUAUUGAGUAUUCUAUUGGUCUCUCUACUAGCCGUGUCAUACAGGCGCGCCGCUUCACGAACUACUGCAGUCCGACGCACGCUCCUCGCAGCCGUCGCAACCGUCGCAGCCGUCGCCGUCGCAGUCGCGGCCGAGCGCCGCCAGCAGCAGCGUCUGCGUGGGCGCCACGAACACUCCCGGCAGCCGGCACAGCCCCGCCGCCGCGCACGCCGCGCCCCACCCUGCGCACUCCGUGUACAUACUCGCGCGCCGGGCCCGCCCUCGUACUAGGGUAUACUCACGCGUGUCCAGCCAGCGAGGCAGCGCGCACUGCGCCACCAGCCGCGCCUCGGCCGGCGCCAGCAGCCCGGCGCGCCAGUACGCCGCGCACCCCGCCGCCGACGCGCCCACGCAGCACAGCUCUGCACACAGCGAGCGCUAUACACCCCGCGGCCGCGCGCGCUAUACACCCCGCGGCCGCGCGCGCUAUACACCCCGCGGCCGCGCGCGCUAUACACCCCGCGGCCGCGCGCGCUAUACACCCCGCGGCCGCGCGCGCUAUACACCCCGCGGCCGCGCGCGCUAUACACCCCGCGGCCGCGCGCGCUAUACACCCCGCGGGCCGCGCGCGCUAUACACCCCGCGGCCGCGCGCGCUAUACACCCCGCGCGCCGCGCGCGCUAUACACCCCGCGGCCGCGCGCGCUAUACACCCCGCGGCCGCGCGCGCUAUACACCCCGCGGCCGCGCGCGCUAUACACCCCGCGGCCGCGCGCGCUAUACACCCCGCGGCCGCGCGCGCUAUACACCCCGCGGCCGCGCGCGCUAUACACCCCGCGGCCGCGCGCGCUAUACACCCCGCGGCCGCGCGCGCUAUACACCCCGCGGCCGCGCGCGCUAUACACCCCGCGGCCGCGCGCGCUAUACACCCCGCGGGCCGCGCGCGCUAUACACCCCGCGGCCGUGCGCGCUAUACACCCCGCGGGCGCGCGCGCUAUACACCCCGCGGCCGCGCCCGCUAUACACCCUGCAGCCGCGGGCGCCGCGCCUCGCACCGCACUCACCCAGCAAGAAGGCGGCCAGCACGUCCCCCAUGUACACGAUGGCCUCCGCGUCACACAAUCGCUCGCAGCACUCCGCGUACAGCAGCGCCAGGGCCGCCAGCUGCACGCCGCGGCCCGGGCCGCCGCGCGCCGGGCCCCGCGCGGCCGACACCAGCGCGCCCACUGCGAACGGCCCCGCCACCCAGCCAGGAGUGCAGCGGCGCGGCCAGCAGCGAGGCGGCGUACAACGCGGCGCAGCACGCGGCCGCCCCGCGCGCGCCCAGCGCCGCCGCCAGCCACGCGACGCCCCCGCCGCGCGACCACAGCAGCACGCUGCAACACGACCCGUCAGCCCUGCGCCCGCGCCCCGCGCCCCCCGCCCCCCGCCCGGCUCUGCUCACCCCUGCGCGAUCCUGUAGUCUACGCCAUCCGUAAACGUACUGACGACCGCGGCCGCCAGGGCCGGCGACACCACGUGCGCGUGCAGCACGCAGGCCACCUGGGCGCGGCUGGGCCGCAUGCGGGGCCAGGCGGAGUCCCCGCGGGGCCCGGCCUGGUUGCGGCCCGCGCAGUAGUGGACGUACCCGAGUACCAGCCACGCCGAGUACUCGGCGCGCAGCCCGCCUGCACACACACUACAACGUCGCACUACUACUCAUUCUAG